UUAGAAAGUUUACAAAGGUGUGGCGGUAUUUCGCAGUGAUACCAGGCAGGCAAAAUGGAGUUUAUACUGAAACUUGUACCUUUUUCUUCCAUUCUCGCAGUUGUUUUCCUUACCGUGAUUUCCAAGCCUGUGCAUGGAGCAAGUCGGCGCGAUCGUCGGGCUGAGUCCUCUUCGGAUAACCACGCUAAAGUUCUUGUCUUGGGUGCCGGUGCGUCGGGUCUACAGGCUUCGCGGGUCCUCCAUGACGCAGGCAUGGAUGACUUUAUCAUUAUAGAAGGAGCAGAUCAGAUUGGGGGCCGUAUUCGAUCCACUACGUUUGCUAAUCGCACCAUUGAAAUCGGAGCAGGGUGGACUUACGGGCCGGUAAGGCCUGUGACUUACCAACUAGCCAUGGAUCUAAACCUCGACCGUAGAGCAAGUGACUAUGAAAGCUAUAUAGUCCGUAAUGCUACCGGCAGCGACGUCACAGAUCAGGCAGAUAACGAUUACGACAAACUCGAACCGGCCUUUGAAAAAUUAUUUUCUCUGAAGGCGAGGAUACAGAACAAGAAAAGCAACCCUGACAUGUCGCAGCGGUCAGCGUUACGUCUUGGAGGUUGGAGCCCGAAAAGUGACACAGAGAAACUCAUCGAGUGGUUCGAGAUUGACUUUGAGUACGCUGAACCCUCUGAGCUAUUGUCCACGUAUGAGGCGGAAAAUUUUGGUGAGACCUACUUCUUAAAGGAUCCGAGAGGAUUCAUUACAAUCUUUGACGUCGUUGCUGGUUUCUUAAAGGAGCCCGAGUUCAUCAACCACACCCGUUUGAAUCAGCGAGUAGUCUCCAUCGAUCAGAGCGAUCCUGCCUCGGUGGUUGUCACUUGCGAUGACGGCACAGUGUACACCGCCGAUCAAGUCCUGGUCACCUUCAGUCUCGGUGUCUUACAGAAUGACUUAGUUGAGUUUAUCCCACCUCUACCGGAGUGGAAGGAUGUUGUUAUCAAGAAGUCACUCCUAGCUGCCUACUCACACAUCUACCUGAGCUUUCCAACUAAGUUCUGGGACGACACGGAGUGGAUCCUGCAUGCUAGCCCGAGAAAAGGCUACUACCCAGCUUUCUUCAACUUCCAGUCCGAGGGGUAUGAUCCAAAUGGCACGCCCACAUUGCUUGCGACUCUAACCGGUGACGAGUCAAGACGAGUGGACGCCCAGCCAGUAUCUCAAACCAAGGCUGAAAUAAAACAAGUUCUUCGCAACAUGUACGGGGAUAGCAUUCCAGACAUCGAUGAUAUCUUAAUCUCUGGCUGGACGAGUAAUCCACUCACCAUGGGUUCAUACUCCGCUUGGCCCACCGAACUCUCAAGGCAAUGCACCGACGCGCUCGAAGGUCGAGUUGACCGCGUUUUCUUCGGAGGGGAAGCGACUUCACCGGUUUACUACAGCUACGUUGAAGGAGGGUUAGACUCGGGCAAGCGGGAAGGGCUUAAGAUUCUCGACUGUAUGCAGAAUUUCGAAGAAUGUCCUUUUUAUGAGGGAGGUGGCUUAGGGUGUGAGCUUCCGGAAGCAAGUUCAGCAACUUUAGUUCACUGUAGCUCUUAUAGUUUCUUUGUACUUGUUACUGGGUUGGUUUACUUUUUGAUCUAAUAAAGUUCCAAUACAGAGGUAGGGCUUAAGCCGGUGGAGUCUGAACGGUAAACGGUUCCACAUAACCAUUUUUAUCCCGAGUAGAGGAACAAUUCGAAUAAGUAACAGUUUCUCAAAUAGAUUAGACAUUUUAAAAGGGAGGUAUGUGUAUAAUUAUUAAUAAUUGCAAGCGUUAUUGGUAUAGCUUAUGCUUAGAAGUUUACAGCGUAGCUUUCGAUAGUAUAAAAGGAGCUUGGAAAACAAAUCACUUCGAAGGAUUUUAGGUUAAAAAUUAACAUGGUUGUGUCCAAACAUUUGAAUCUGAGAAGCGUUACAGACGGCAACGCUUCUCAGAUUGUUCAAUCCUAUGACUAUUCUUCCUGCGUGAACAUAGUUCGUGUGGACAUAGUUUAUCUCGUCUGAAGCCCUGAGCGCGUAUCAUCACGGGAGGUUUAGUAAGCUGCACGUUCCGCGUGAACACGAACGUGAACGUGAACGCCAGAAAAUGUAUCGGUAAAAUCUCACGUAUUUAGAAUACUGAAGUGACCAUUUUUCACAUCAGGACCGUACGUGCGCGGAGACGUCUUACGUGAGCAUGCGAUAGGCCCAAAAUGGCGAUGUUACCAAGAAAAAAAAAAAAAA